UUUUACAUAUCCUUGCUCACAACCUAAAAUAUAGGGUAGUGCAAUUUAGUUAUUGUAGAUCUAAAGAAACCAUAAGUAGGCAAUUCAAUGAUGUCUUGAGAGCGGUAAUGAAAGUGAGCAAAGACUAUUUGAAUUUUCAACCCUGUACUUUAGAAGGUGCGGAAGCAAACAAGUGGAGAUGGUUUGAGAGAUGUAUUGGAGCACUUGAUGAGACUCAUAUUCCGGUUACAGUUUCUCCUGAUGAGAGACCUAGAUAUCGUAAUAGAAAGGGUGAUGUCUCUACAAAUGUGUUAGCUGCUUGUGAUCCAGAUUUAAGGUUUAUUUAUGUGUUACCUGGGUGGGAAGGGUCUGCAGGAGAUUCUCGAGUAUUACGAGAUGCAUUACAUCGUCAAAACAAACUUGAAAUUCCAACUGGUAAUAUUUCUUAGAAAUAA